GGCGGCGGUGGAGGUGGUGGUGGGAGUGGGGGCGGUAAUGCGCAGGGCGGAAUGAGUGCCAGUGGACGGGUGGAUAGUACAAAGUCGGGACUGCGCACGCAGACCGGAGGGAAAAAGAAAGGCGUAUCGUUUCUCAGCCGCAUCAUGGGAAACAAGAAAAAGGCGGCCGACGAACUGGAAGACACCGACUCGUUUGAUGGCGAUCGGAGGACCGAGGGCAUGGAUGCUGCUGUGUUCUCCCAACCGAUUGGAUUCACUCCUACUUUCCCGGCGCCGCCAAAAUAUAUCCGGGUUCAUGCGCACCAAAAGCCUCAGCGCGACUUCAACCAGAUAUUCCUGGCCCAAGAGCUUACCACAGACGCCCCACCCGCGGAAAACGGCCAUGCGAAGGACGAAAACGCGGAAGACUUCGAUCCCAACGCAGCAAAGUCCGGUGCCAUUUGGGCCAUGAAAUUCAGCAAGGACGGAAAAUAUCUUGCUGCAGCUGGAAAGGACAAAGUCGUGAGGGUAUGGCAGGUAUUGGGCUCCAACGACGAUCGUACCACGCAUGAGCAGGGGGAGGAUGCGGCAGGAACCAUGGAUGGAGAAGGCGAGGACCCGUAUGCGGAUGGCCAUGGUGUGCGGCUUAAUGCGCCCGUCUUCAUGACUGAACCAAUACAACAAUAUCACGGUCACACCGGGGAUGUGCUGGACUUGAGCUGGAGCAAGAAUAACUUCCUCCUAUCGUCAUCCAUGGAUAAAACUGUGAGGCUGUGGCACGUCACUCGGAAAGAGUGCCUGUGCUGCUUCCAACACAGUGAUUUCGUCACUUCGAUCGCGUUUCACCCGCGAGACGACAGGUUCUUCCUGGCUGGUUCUCUCGACUCGAAGCUGCGCUUGUGGAGUAUUCCGGAUAAGAGUGUUGCGUUCUGGAACGAGUUGCCGGAUCUGAUAACGGCCGUUGCAUUCACACCGGACGGGCGGAUGGCUAUCGCAGGCUGCUUGAACGGUCUCUGCUUGUUCUACGAAACAGAGGGACUCCGCUACCAUACUCAGCUGCACGUCCGAUCAUCGCACGGGCGGAACGCUAAGGGCAGCAAGAUUACCGGCAUCGAGACGGUGACAUUCCCACCCAACGACCCUAACGGUGAUGUCAAGAUUUUGGUCACCAGUAAUGACUCGAGGGUUCGGAUGUACAACGCUCGUGACAAGAGCCUCGAAACGAAGUUCAAGGGCUACGAGAACACAUGCAGUCAGAUACACGCGAGCUUCAGUGAUGACAACAAAUACAUUAUUAGUGGAAGUGAGGAUCGAAAGGUUUACAUCUGGAACGUUGGUUCCGGUGACGCCGACAAGAAGGACAAGAGGCCGGUGGAGUUCUUUGAGGCGCAUUCGGCCAUCGUCACGGUUGCCAUCAUGGCCCCAAUCAAGACCAAGCAACUACUGAGCCAAUCCGGUGACCCCAUCUUCGAUCUCUGCAACCCGCCUCCGGUCACGCUGGUCAGCCGCACGGAAUCCGUCACGUCCUCCAAGAAGACGCUCACGGCCCCUCCAUCCACUGUCGGCGGAGACGACCACGUCUCAGCCGCGGGAGACGCCAUAAAGCCGAGUGCAUCCUGGAAUGCGCGGUCUGCACAUUCCGCAGGCAACAUCAUCGUGACCGCGGACUAUUCCGGCCACAUCAAGAUCUUCCGCCAGGACUGCGCCGCAACCAAGCGCAGGAACGAGUCAUGGGAGACGGCCUCACUGUCGAAGAGGAUCGGAACCGGAAUCCUUAGAAAGGGCUCGCUCAGCCAUGCCUCGCCCGACAGGAUAAUGUCUUGGCGCCAGAGCAUCGCGUCGACCCAUAGUUUGGAGGCGGGAUCCAUACGAAGCCGGAACUCGAUCGCAGACCUGGGUUCAGGAGUUCGCAACUCAUCCCCUAGGAACAGCGUCAUGUCCAUCGGCUCCACAAGCUCCAAGUUUGGCCGGGGAGUUGGUAGCCUCCGCUCCCGCGCGCAAUCGCUUUCGCAAGGCGGCGGCAACUCCAAAGCCCGGAACGGUAGUGCCAACCGGAACUCUGUCCGCAGCGAACACGAGACCCACGACGCCAAGCAGCAGCAACAGCAACACAGGGACUCCCAGCUCACGCGCGAGCUGACACCCCAAUCCAGCAACAUCUCGGAGGGCGGCCGCGGGAAGCUGCCAAGGAAUAUCGUUUCUUCGGAUGAAGACGAAGAUGGCAUUUUUAGCUCCGACGCCGAGAGUGAGGGUGAGGCUGUUCGAUGUAGAAAAUGCAGCAGCACAAGCUUCAAGGCCAAGCAGAGACGGGGAGAACAUAAGCUGGUUUGCGUAAAAUGCAAUACUGUAAUGUGAUUGCGCGAGAGAGCGGUGGGUUGUGCUGCGAUUGUGUGUACUGUACGAUAGUUUCCUCCGUCCUGUCCUGUUCUUACAUACUAGAUACCGUGUCUCCGUUUCCGUUCCAUUCUCGUGUGGCAACGUAGCUUACCUACUCUGUGGUGCCUUGUGCGUGUGCGUGUGCAUAGGCAUGCGAGUGUAUAUUUCUCGUAGGGAUUGUUCGUUUUUUUGCUGUUGCUACUAGGUACAUACCUCUACAUUUCCCGGCCAUGUUCUGGCACUCGAUUCUUCCGUAUGUACUUGCUUGUACUCUAAUUGCUACUACUACUUGGUACCGACUCCGUUCCUCGUCCUGCUUUUCUAGGGGAGGGGGGGCGAAGCGCGAGGGGAUAGAAGGUGGGCAAUCAUAUGGGAUGAUCAUUCCGGUGGAUGAAUCGCAG